AUGAAAAGGAGGAGGUGGGAGAGUAACCUCCACUGGGAUAUCAUUUAUGAAAUCCUGUUGAGGUUACCUGUGAAGUCACUUGUUCGAUUCAAAUGUGUGUGCAAAUCAUGGCUUUCUCUCAUCUCUGAUCCUCACUUUGCAAAAUCCCAUUAUAACCUAUCUGCUUCACCCUCCCACAAGCUUCUCCUGAUAGAGCGUUCUGGUUCCGAAACUCGAUCCCUAGAUGUGGAUGCAUUUCUUCAUACUGAUGCAAGCGUCAUUCUCCGACCUCCAAAGCCUGGUAAACGUCCUAGUCUUGAGAUUUUGGGUUCAUGUAGAGGGUUUCUCUUUAUCGAAAGAUACCCAAAUCUUUAUCUACUGAACCCAUCAGUUGGUUUCCUCAGAGACCUAUCAUACUUUGAGAUUGGGCAAGAACAUCACAAUGAGGUGAAACCCUUAAUUGGUUUUGGAUAUGAUCCAUCCACUGAUAAUUAUUUGAUAGUUGUGCUUUUCUCAACCUUUAAUAAUGAUGAUAUGGCAGACCGUUUGGUCAUUUUCUCUUUGAGAACCAAUUCAUUGAAAGAAAUUCAGAUGCCCCAUAUUCCCUUCUAUUAUUCUGAAAAUCAAUCAUUGCUUUUUAAUGAUGCUAUUCAUUGGUUGGCUUAUGGUGAAAAUAGAUUGAAAGUCAUUCUUGCUUUUGAUCUGAUAAAAGAGAAUUUUUAUGAGAUAUCUCUGCCAGAUGGUGAUUUCACAAUUGGAUUUUCAUUUUGUAAUUUGGGAACUAUGGGAGGAUGUCUCUGUUUAUGUCAAUUUGAUCGUAGUAAAACUAUAGUGUGGAUUAUGAAAAAAUAUAAAUUGCAGUCAUCUUGGAUUAUGAUUGAGAUUGCUAGGAACCUUUCCGCUGCAUGCAUGGCCAAAGGUGGUGAACUUGUUGCAUUAAGUUUUGAUGAUGGAGAAUUGAUGAAAUUUAAUGACAAAGGACAAUUUCUUGAACGUUGUGAAUAUUAUUUCGAUGAUCUGAGUGGAUUUGAAGUAGCUGCGUAUACAGAGAGUCUUCUUUCACUCCCUAUGAAACAACCUCAAAAGAACCAGAUCAGAAGAAAUAGGAAUGCUUAA